AUUCAGCAUAACUAUGUAUUCCUUCAAGGCCUUUAUAUAAGCAAGAGUUUUGGCUGGAAGAGGACCAUCAUCUCCUUCUUUUGCUCGCUCUUAAUUUCAAGGUUUAUCUGUGGCGGUCAAUUGAACUCUUUCCUUCCUUCUCCAGUCUCCAUCAUUUCUAUUCUUUCAGUAUCCCUUUCACGUUUCUGAGAAUAAGUGAAAAAAUGGCGAGUUACGGCGGAGCAGAGAACGGAGACGCUCGUUUUGGCACCAAAACGGGACGGAACGGACUGGCGAAGAUCGAAACAGGGCACAAGACAGAAGUCUGUCAUGACGACAGCACCACUCCCGUUAAAGCCCAAACCAUCGACGAGCUUCACUCUUUGCAGAAGAAAAAAUCUGCACCGACAACUCCGAUUACGCCCGGCCUAGCAGCUUUCGCCACCGUCUCUGAAGAGGACCGCCAGAAGCUGCAACUCCAGUCCAUCAGUGCGUCUUUGGCAUCGCUGACGAGAGAAACCGGGCCGAAGGUUGUGAAGGGAGACCCGGCAAGGAAGAGUGAGACCGCGAAGGUGACUGACCACUACCACUAUGCUCCGGCCAUUAAUUCCAGUGACAGUGCACUCAAGUUCACCCACGUUCUUUACAAUCUUUCUCCUGCUGAGCUUUACGAGCAGGCAAUAAAAUAUGAGAAGGGGUCUUUUAUUACAUCUACAGGCGCAUUGGCCACCCUUUCUGGAGCGAAGACUGGCCGGUCACCAAGAGAUAAACGUGUCGUCCGGGAUGAGACGACCGAAGAUGAGCUUUGGUGGGGAAAGGGUUCUCCUAAUAUUGAAAUGGAUGAACAUACUUUCUUAGUAAACAGAGAAAGAGCAGUGGAUUACUUGAACUCAUUGGAGAAGAUAUUUGUGAAUGAUCAGUUUCUGAAUUGGGACCCAGAACACCGAAUCAAAGUUCGUAUUGUAUCUGCUAGAGCUUAUCAUUCAUUGUUUAUGCACAACAUGUGCAUACGACCCACACCUGAGGAGCUGGAGGAUUUUGGAACUCCGGACUUCACAAUAUAUAAUGCUGGGCAGUUCCCAUGUAACCGUUAUACUCAUUACAUGACUUCUUCUACUAGCAUAGAUAUCAAUCUUGCUAGAAGAGAGAUGGUCAUCCUUGGCACCCAGUACGCUGGUGAAAUGAAGAAAGGCCUAUUUAGUGUAAUGCAUUAUCUCAUGCCUAAGCGUCAAAUCCUCUCCUUGCACUCUGGCUGCAAUAUGGGGAAGGCUGGCGAUGUAGCCCUUUUCUUUGGAUUAUCAGGUACUGGAAAGACAACUUUGUCCACAGACCAUAAUAGGUAUUUGAUUGGAGAUGAUGAGCAUUGCUGGAGCGAAAAUGGUGUGGCAAACAUUGAAGGUGGUUGUUACGCAAAGUGCAUCGACUUGUCAAAGGAGAAGGAGCCUGAUAUAUGGAAUGCCAUCAAGUUUGGGACUGUCUUAGAAAAUGUUGUCUUUGAUGAACAUACCCGAGAAGUGGAUUACACAGAGAAGUCUGUCACAGAAAACACUCGAGCUGCAUAUCCAAUUGAGUACAUUCCCAAUGCCAAGAUACCUUGUGUUGGUCCUCACCCAAGGAAUGUUAUCCUUCUGGCCUGUGAUGCGUUUGGGGUGCUCCCACCUGUGAGCAAACUGAGUUUGGCACAGACUAUGUACCACUUCAUCAGUGGCUACACUGCUCUGGUUGCGGGAACAGAGGAUGGUAUCAAGGAACCUCAGGCAACCUUCUCUGCCUGCUUUGGUGCUGCAUUCAUUAUGCUGCACCCCACAAAAUAUGCAGCUAUGUUGGCUGAGAAGAUGCAAAAGCACGGAGCCACAGGAUGGCUUGUUAACACCGGUUGGUCUGGUGGAAGCUAUGGAUCAGGCCAACGCAUCAAGCUAGCUUAUACGCGAAAAAUUAUUGAUGCCAUACAUUCAGGUAGUCUUUUGGAAGCGAACUAUGUGAAAACUGAAGUGUUUGGACUCGAGAUUCCAACUGCAAUUGAGGGUGUGCCAUCAGAAAUGCUGGAACCAUCAAACACUUGGUCUGACAAGAAGGCAUACAAGGAGACCUUAUUGAAGCUGGGUAGUCUCUUCAGGAGGAAUUUUGAGGUAUUUAUGAACCACAAGAUUGGGAAAGAUGACAAGCUGACUGAAGAGAUCCUUGCAGCUGGUCCUAUCUUCUGAUUGGAGGGUUAAGAGGUUGGUUAAGGUUAUAUUUGGAACAGAUUCUAAAAUUUUGUGAAAUUCAUUUAAAAAUUAUUACUUAGUUCAACAAUAAAAUUGUAUAAAUUCUAUUAAAAGAUGAUAAAAAUUGACUUGAUAUGAAAUUUUAUGUGAAAUUAGAACAAUGCUUUCACAUAAAAUUCUAAGGUCAAAAUUUGUCAUUGUAUGGAGAAUUUUUACAAUUUUUUAGUUGAACUAAAUGUAGAUUUAUAAAUGAAUUUAAUGAAAACUAUGAUUUUGUUCCAAUUUUAGGCUAAGAGCGAAAGUUGAAGAAUAAGAGAAGGCUAAUUAUAGCAUGAGGUCUUGACUCAAAUGGCCUACAGAAUGGAAUUGUUAAAACUCUGUUGUAAUACUUUUUUGAUUCAAAACUUCUACUAUGCUUUGAAACUUUUGAUCCUUAUAAUAGACAAAUAAAUAAAUCUAAGGUGUUUUAGUUUGAUUUA